AUGUUUCCAUGGCCCUGCCCGUCAACUCAAUACAAUGAUCCACGUCUCUGGGCCUGGGCUGCGGGUACCAACUAUCCACUUUUCGGCCAAGGACCCGCUUUUCCUAACUACAACUACAACUACGCCGAGACCCUAUCGUGGAUGAGGAAUCUGGGACAACCCACAUAUUCGAGUCCUCCGAUCGAAGCCAUUCCCUCUAGUACCUCGGUCGAGGUGCAGCCAGAGACUGUUAUCCACGAGACGGCAGCUAUCGAGGGGCAGACAUCUCGCGAGCAUCGACACGCAACAGCUACAAACGCUAGCGCACCGAGUACCUUCCGGUGCAAAUGGGAGGGAUGUACAUACACUGGUACUUUUGUCAUUGAAUCUAGUCUCUGGCGACACAUUAAAUCGACCCAUCUCGCCCCGGACUCGCUGAAGUGCCCUGCACCACGAUGCAAGAAAUCGUUCGGUCGCAGAGAUAAAUACAAUGCUCAUAUUCGACUUGUCCAUCGGGAUAUCGCAGAUUUGCUUGAUACGCCUGAAGUUGAGGCCUGCGCUUAA